AUGGACUAGAUGAAUAAAUUUACGUUAUAAUUUAGAGCUGGAGAUAUUGAAUUAAAAUAUUAAAAACAGUCGAUUUAAAAACUACUCAAACCUCUUCAUUAUGGUCUCCUUUUAAUGUCAUUAUUGUUAAAUACAAUUUAGAUAAUUACGGUAACAACUAGAGAAUCUUUUUAAUUACCAUUCAUUAAUAUUGGAUUUGUUGUAAUUUCACUAUUUAGUUUUUAUAUUGUCUAUAAGAAAGAGACAUUAACAUAGAAAAUGAUGACUAUUGAAAAUGCUUAUAUCCUGUUUCUUUAAUUAAAUUUUACUGCUAGUAAUAUACAUGGAUAAGAAUACUAUUUAUAUGGUAGUAGCUUUUCUUUGAUAUAGGCAGUAACUUAUUUUGCUACAGAUUUUUAUCUAAGUUGUCCGUCUGUUAUAAUGCAUUUAAUAUUUCGACUUGUAGCAACUACUUUAUAUGCAGGUAGAUUUGAUUUGGUAGGGUUGGGUCUCACAAUUACUACAGCAAUAUUUUUAAUAAGUGUUCUUUAUAUCUGCAACAGAGCACAAAGGUAAUAAUUUUUAUUGAAUUUCAAAGAAGAUACAAUUAACUAUUAAUUACAAACUUUAAUCAAUAAACCCUUUACAAAAAUCCUUUUUAAUGAGAAGAAGCUUUAAAUAGAUGUGCUUUAGGUCAAUAAAGAACAUUAAUUUUUGGGCUAUAAUUAAGAUUUGUGUUUUGGAUGUAAUAUCAGGAAUUUUAUUAGGAAUUGUAAAAUUGGAGAUAGAGCCCUAGAGAAAUGGAUAAUUCAUGAUUAAAACAAUUUAUAGGAGAAUUGUCUUGCGAUAGUGUAAAGAACAAAAAUAAAAAUUCGGCUAUGUUAAUUUAAUACUGAUAAUAGUCUAAUAUUAAUUAUAGAAAAUUAAAAAGUGGAUACAAAGCAAAAAAAAGUUCCUUAGUUUAUAAAAAGUUAAUUAAUUGAAUAAUUUUUGAUAAGCAAAAAAACACUUUUUAAUAUGUAAUUUAAAUUUGGUGUAAUGUCGAUAUUAAUGUUAAGUCAACAUAAAAUAAAGACAAUAAAUAUUGUAAAAUUAUUGGAUAAGUUUUUGAAUACUUAUGUUUUUUCUGGAAAAGUAUAUUUGAAUUUGAAUGGUAAUAAGAUCAUAAAACUGAAGACUUAUGCAUUAUAUCUUAAAAUUUUCUUAAUUCAAGUUUUUAACAUAAUUUAAGAUUUAGAGUACUCUUAAAAUAUAUUUAAUGAAAUAUGUAUUAAUAAUUUUGAUAAUUAUCUUGUUUUUGAGUUGAGAUUAUCAAAUAAGAAUUAGUUCCUAUAAUUGUAUGAAAAGAAUUUUUUUAUAAAAUAUACUGAAUAGCAUUUGUUAGUAACUCCAUUAAGUUUAGAUUUAGUAUUUUAUUUUAAUAAAUUAAUUCCAUUUGAUGAAACUGACUCUUAGUUAUGA